AUGAAGUCGACGGGUGCGAAAGAGCAUCGGGGAUGUGUGCUCCUCAAACCAGAGGAAAAUGAAGAGAUUUUUCGAUUAAUUGGUAAUCGUUGUCAGUGCCUAGCAGCGGGUGUAAUUCAAUUGUAUUUAACAGAAUUACCCGACCACCGAGAAUGGAUAAAAAAAAAUACCGGAAUAAUAACAUUGAUACGGGAUAACCCGAAAAGAAGUUAUUUUCUAAGAUUAUAUUGUCCGCAACGAAAAGCAAUGCUGUGGGAACAAGAGCUGUACAAUUCGAUGGACUACAAUGCUCCGCUGACAUAUUUCCAUACAUUUGAAGGCGAAGAAUGUAUGGUUGCAUUUAAUUUUGCUAAUGAAACCGAAGCCGUUAUUAUGAGGAAUAUUAUUUUAGAAAGACUCAAUAGCAAUAAACAGAGGCGGCAGGAGCGUAAAACUAGAAUAGAAACAGAUACUCAGCAAAAAGUAGUCACGUUGCCAAGGAGGAGCCCCAAUAGCUCCACUAAUUUUUUCUCUUCGACCACCAGUGUCAAUAUGAUGAAUGGGUCCUCAUCUUCGGUCAGUGUCAACGGGGGUUUGUCUGGUAGCGCGAUGUAUUUGAGGAAGAAAAAGCGCAAGAAAGAUCACAAAAGAAAAUUAACUGUAGCUGAUAUUAGUCAACCUUCAAAUUUUAGACACGUAGUGCAUUUAGGUAGUGACACGAGUAAAUGUAUCGACCCAGAGUCAAUAGAUCCAACAUUAAGAAAAUUUUUCGACGUAGCUGGUGUGACAAAGCAGCAACUGACAAGCCGUGAGACCCGUGACUUUAUUUAUGAUUUUAUUCUUGGCCACGGCGGAAUAACAGCUGUGAAAAAUGAAUUAGGUUUAACAAGUACUUCGGUUCCAACAUCCGCAGAUAACAAUCAUCAUCCCUUACCUCCCCCGCCACCGACAGCAGACAAUCCACCACCGAUACCAGCUCGAACGGUCCCCGUUACCAGCAGUCCGGGAAUAAAUAAUAACCAAUCGCGGACUACGAGACCUUUGCCUCCAGCACGGACAAACGUCCCGCCACCCCCGCCAAGCGCUCCACCUGCACACAGGACUCUGCCGUCGAGGCCACCACCGCCAGCAGGAUCACCCGCGCUGCCUCCGCCGCCUCCCGCGGUUCCGCCGCCACCGCCUAGGAGCAGCUCAAGUAUAUCCAAUGUGUCGAAUUCUUCGGGGAGUGCUCCAGCUCCUCCACCUCCGCCACCUCCACCACCUCCUCUUCCGGAGCUCAAUGCGGACAAUAGUCCCGCGAGUAAUUUUAAUUCUUCGUCGUCUUCUAUUAGUGGUAAUAAUAACGGUGAAUUUAACGACUUGAGGCCGAAACUUAUGGAUGCAAUUAGAAGUGGCACUACUCUUAAGAAAGUCGAGCAAACAGAAAAGAAGACAACUCCCGUUAUGGACUCGAGAAGUGAUUUACUAAAUCAAAUAAGGCAAGGAGUUGAAUUAAAACCCGUGGUUAAUGAACCAAAACCAGCUUCGAUAGGAGUCGCUCAAGGUGGACUGGCCUCGGCUCUGUCGGCAGCUCUAGCCGAGCGGUCGCGUUUGCUUGGUUACACUGGGGACAGUCAAGACUCGAGCAGUGGUACCAGUGAUGACGAUGAGUGGGACGAUUAG